AUGCACGCCCCCGAAGCGGCGUUGACAGUGCGGGAUGGGGCCUGCGGGACAGGGUGUAGAUGCCAGGGCAAGCCUCAGGAUGGGGGCGUACACAGGCGUGGAUGCCGUGUUGGAAUCCACUUAUGUGAGAGAGGGCGUCGAUGGGAUCUUUCGCGCCUCCAGACAACGAUGGCCGGGAGGGGGAUCCUUCCGGCCAUCAAGCCGUCCACUCUCGACGGCCAGAGAGAUUCAUCUUCGGCCAUCGAUCUUUCCACUUCCGAUGGCCAGAAGGAUUCCUCUCCUAGCCAUCGGGACCAUACAGUCUCGGCAGCUGGCAGGUAG